AGUGCUUCUACGGUGAUUUUUCAGUCGCACUACUAUCCGUCAUAUACUUGCCUACGGAACGGCCUAUGUGAGCUGUUGGCGGACAGUCAAUCACUUGGUGACUGAAGCCACUUGACAGACAUGGCUCGAGGCAACGCGCAGUACACGGUGGCCGAGCUGGUGGCCAAGGCAGAAGCGCUCGUGGACCAAUGUCAACCGGAGUUGGCUGUGCAGUUCUUUGAGAAGGCACUGCUGCAGGAGCCAGCCAACACGUCACUGUUGGAUUCGAUCGGUGAGCUGAGCACGGAGCUGGACAACCCGGAGCGUGCGUUAUCGGCUUUCCAGCAGAGUGUACAGCUAGCGCCAGCUCAGAACCCGGCCAAAUAUUUCUACUUAUCACAACUGGCCACAGGCGAAGACGCCGAGCGCUACACGACGCAAGGUAUCAAGUUCCUACAGCAGGAACUACAGCAGCAUGUGGAUCCCAACACAUCUGAGGCGCUUACCAUCAAGAAGCAGAUUUGUGACGCCUUCUGCUCGCUUGGGGAGCUCUACAUGACAGACCUGUGUGACCACGAGGAGGCUGAAACCCGCUGCGAAAAGUAUUUCCAGGAGGCCAUGAAGUAUGACGUCGGUUUGCCCGAGCCCACACAGGCGCUAGCUAACUUACGGCUCGUGCAGCAGAACAAGGAGGCGGCCGACGGCCUGCUGGAGGAGACAUAUCGUCGCCUCAACGAGAGCUGCGAUGAGGACAGCUUGCCGUCCCUGGAGUUCCGAACUGCCACAGGCAAAAUGCUCAUCGAGGUGGAGCGAUACGAACAGGCCUGCGAUGUACUGGAGGGAGUGAUGCAGGAGGACGACGAGAACGCAGAGCUCUGGUUCCUAGUGGGAACAUGCUACCGCGCAAUGGACGACUUGCCCAAUGCUCUCGAAUUCUUCGAGAAGUGCCAGACGAUGCUAAAGAAGCUCAAGAAGGAGCUACGUGACGAUUUCUACCUGCAGGAUCAGCUCGAGAGCGUCAACGAGACUAUCGAUGAACUUAAAACCUCCAUUGCCAACCGCCCACCUGAACUGGACCAGGACAGUGAAAGUGAAGAUGAAACUGUUGACGCUGAGACGGUAGGACAGCAAGACGUGGAGAUGGAGGAAUGAGCCAUAGAUUUUCAAAAACCAAUAUAUGUUCGAUAUACCUCCUAUAUUUCCGUGCGGUGCAGUGGCGAUUGCGGUGGCAAAAG